CAACCGUUGAUUCCACUGGUUAAUCGCUAUUGUGGCUCAGUUCACAUCGGUAGGGCGUUCCAGCCUUCUCACUAGUUGAACCAGACAGAAGCAGGCAGCUGACGUCUUAUCCAUUUAAACUGUAUCUGACCGAAAAUGGCCACGUUAAAACAACAAGAUACUCUGAUGGAAUGCUUGAAUUGCAGCCAUCUUAAGACCGCAGAAAUUUGGAUUGCACUUGAGCCGUUAGUGUCUACAGAAAAUGAUAUUUCAAUCUACAGACUUGAAUCUAUCGCAGGACGCUAUGAGUGCAGAAUAUCAGGGCUGCGCUGGGUAUGUGAGAGCAAAGUCACACUUCUGUACCACUUCAGCUCUUGGGAUCCUCACAGGGCAGUGCUACAAAGCAUGGGGUACAGGCAAGGAGGCCCCCUACUGGACAUCAAAAUCAUUGAAGGAAAACUGAAAGAAGUGCAUCUGCCACAUUUUGCCUGUUUUGGUACAUGGGUUGGAGAUUAUGAUCCCUCUGUAAAGCAGAAAGUGAGAGUUCUUCAUGUAGAAGACAGUGGUGUGUCCAUAGAACAAGUAGAUAAGGUCACCCGCUUCCACGUCAAGAUUCUCCAUCCAUCUUUCUCUCUGAGAGGUGUUGUCCUGCAGACAUUAGGGUGUUCCGUGCACUGUGACUUGCAGAUCUACCGAGCCAGGACAGCACACCUCACGCUACAUGCUUAUCUGAUGCCAUGUGAUCCUGCACUAACACAGGCAGUGGAGAAACAGGAGAAGUGUAAUGGAUCCACAAGGAUCCUAAAACCAAGACCAGAGAAGUCCCAGUGGUUGACUAGUGAUUUCUACCUCACAACAUCCUGUCCUUCUGAUGUUAACCCUCGUAGAUUGGAGCUCGCACAUGUUGACCCACCAAACUUCUUUGAGGUGUUUAUAAGAGACGCAGAUUUUGACUUCAGUCUGAACCUAAGCUGUAAAAGUCGUAAACAAACCAUAUGGAACCACGAAAUACGAGAAGCUGAAUACAGGGCUCCCAUCUUGGCCGCAGACCAGCACUUUGUGGACCUCCACCAGACAGCCCUGAUUGACAGAGUGAGCCAGGUUGAUCCCAUCUUGGACAGACUCCUGAAAAGUGGAGUCAUCACUGCUGAUGACUACAGUGACGUGAUAGCUGAAAGAAAUAACCAGAAGAAGAUGAGGGAGCUCUUUGAUGGGCCCUUAAAAGGAUGUGGACCCGAAGGCAAAGAUCGGUUCUUAGAGAUCCUGACAGAGCUGGAGCCAUACCUAAUCAAUCACCUGAAGCGGGAAUGAUGAGCUAGGUUGGUGAAAGGGGAGCAUUUGAAGUUUAUUUUAGGGGAAAGGGCAUGAAUGAUGUCAGUUACGCUUUGUUUGAUUUCUUUAUAAAAGGAGCAUAGUAUCGUUUUUUAUCAUUCCUUUUAUUUCCACAUGUACAGUUGAAGUCAGAAGUUUACAUAGACUUAGGUUGGAGUCAUUAAAACUCGGUUUUUCAACCACUCCAAAUUUCUUGUUAACAAACUAUAGUUUUGGAAAGUCGGUUA